CGUGAGAAAUCCAAACUCUUUUUUUCGCCCAAUAUGAACAGAAGUGUGACAGCUGAAAUUGUGAGUGAAAUGGGCAUUCAAGCUACCACGAACCUUGGCAAUUACUUAGGAGUCCAUGUACUCCAUGGCAGAGUAACUAGGGAGACCUACAAGCUGGUGAUUGAGAAGAUUGAGAAGAAGCUCUCUAGCUGGAAGAUGAAGAACCUAUCACUGGCUGGGAGAGUCAAUCUUGCUCUCUCGGUCCUAAAUGAUAUGCCAACCUAUGUGAUGCAGACUGCAAAGCUACCUGUUCGGUGUGUGAGACCAUUGAUAGGAUAAUUCGGAACUUUGUGUGGGGAGCAAGGGAUGGAAAGCAAAAGGCUCAUCUGAUAUCAUGGGAGCACAUUUGCAAGCCUAAGAACCUAGGUGGGCUUGGGCUCCGUUCGGCUCGGGACCUGAACAAAACAUACCUAAUGAAGCUAGCUUGGUCCUUUCUCAAUUCUCCUGAGGAGCUGUUCAAGUUAUGCAGCAUAAAUAUUUCAAAAUUAAAGAUGGGAGUAUGCAGCAGCUGAAAGGGAAGAGGCAAUCACACCUAUGGCGCGCUAUGCAAGAGGUUUGGCCACUUCUAAUGCAGGGGACAACUUGGAGCCUGAGGAGUGGUCAGGACACGAGUUUUUGGGGAGAUAUAUGGCUGGAUAGUGGGGUGGCCCUCAAGGACCUCCUCCCCCACGAAGCGGAUCAGCCUGAUGAAAGCAUCCUUGUGGCAGGAAUGGUUGAUGAGGAUGGCAGGUGGGAUUGGAACAAGUUCGAGCACAUGCUGUCUCACGAAAUGUGGAUACAAAUUGCAGGUACUGUGCCACCUUGUAGGGAGAGUGGAGAAGACCGUACUAUAUGGGCCUUGGAGGAAGAUGGGUGUUUUCGGCUACGGUCAGCAUAUGCGCUUGCAGCAGGCUUUGCGGAUGAGGAGGAACAACGCUGCUGGAAGGUGAUAUGGAAAUGGGAUGGACCCAGUCGAGUCAGACACUUCCUUUGGCUUGCGUAUCAGAGCAAGCUAAUGACGAAUGAGGAGCGAAAGAGGAGAAAGCUCACUACGAAUAGUGGAUGCGUAAGAUGUCCAUUAAUUGAUGAGGACAUUUUACAUGUGCUAAGGGAUUGUGAAAUGGCUACUGUGGCAUGGAAGGAGCUAAUUCCAAGAGAGAAACACCAGAACUUCUUCUCGAUGCCAUUACAAGGAUGGAUGGAGGAAAAUCUAAGGGAUGUUAACUAAUCUCUUGUUUUUGGGUUGGGCUGUUGGAUUAUAUGGAAGUGUCGUAAUGAGCUUGUUUUUGCAGGGAAGCAAACCUCAGGGGCAGCUCUAGUGGCUCGUAUUCGCUGCUGGACCGAGACGGUGGCAAGGGAGCUAAAGAGUGACGAGCGGAUCAACCUUCGACGGGAAACUAUGAGGAAGGAAGUGAUGGUGAGCUGGCGACCGGCAGCGGAAAGAUGGAUCACCAUCAAUACAGAUGGUUCGAUGCAUAACCCGGGAUCAAUGGCGACAGCAGGGGGUAUUGUGAGGGACUAGUGUGGCCGGAAACUGGGGAGUUUUAUGUCGAAUUAUGGCCAGUGUACGAUCAUGAUGGCCGAGCUUAGAGGAGCACUAGAGGGACUGAUCUUAGCGCGUCGGUUGAAAGCCCCCAGAGUUGAGCUCCAGAUGGAUUCUUUGGCAGCGGUACAAUUCUUACAGAAUCGGGUCGAGGGAGGGCACAGGCAUGCCUCUAUUAUCCGUCAGAUACAAAAUCUGAUGGACACUUUUGGUGAGGUCAAGAUUACUCACAUUUACAGAGAACAGAACCGUGUAGCUGAUUUUCUUGCUAAUAAGGGACAUUCAAUCCCUGUAGGAAGCUCUCAGUACGAUCAUAUGGAGCCGCUUUUGUAUUUCUGGUUAAACUAUGAUGUUCUCGGGAUCCAAGAAGUCCGAGUAGUUAAUGUAAUGGGUUAGGGCGCCCCUAGCGCCCGUUUUUCACAAAAAAAAUUAAACAAGACAAUAAAAUUAUUCAAUUUCG